AUGGGAAAUGAUGUGCCUGUGGGGGUGUGUGGGCUGGAGGGGGGCCCGGCCAUCGUGUCCACCGUGCUGGACUACGUCAGCAACAAGCCCCCCGUGCCGGUGUUCGUGUUCGAGGGAUCGGGCCGCGCCGCCGACCUGCUCGCCUUCUUACACAAGCAGACCGCUGUGGACAGGCAGCUGGACGCGGACAUUAAAGAGGACUUCGUGGUGCGGAUCGGAGACGUGUUUGGCGUGGAGACGGCAGAAGCCUCUCAGCUGUGCAGUCUCCUGCUCCAGUGUAUGGAUCACAGACAGUCAAUUAUUAUCUUUGACUCUGAGUCAGAGGACCAAACGGCCGCGGAUGCAGCCAUUCUGACAACUAGUCUCAAGGGCACCAAGGCCAGUCCUGCCGAGCAGCUGAGCAUGGCGUUGGCGUGGGACCGGGCGGACAUCGCCCAGAAAGACGUGCUGCUGUACGGACAGCACUGGCAGGUGGGCUCCUUGGAGCAGGCCAUGCUGGAUGCUCUGGUGAUGGACCGCGUCAGUUUUGUCAAACUGCUGAUCGACAACGGCAUGACGAUGAGCCGCUUCCUCACGGUGGAGCGCCUCGAGGAACUCUACAACACACCACAGGGCCAGACAGACUGUUUCCUGCACCAGCUCGUUGAAGAUGCCAAACAGACCUCUCUCCCCAUAGGUUACCGUUUCUCUCUCAUUGACAUGGGUCUGGUGAUAGAGUAUCUGAUUGGAGGAGCGUACCGCAGCACCUACACACGGAAACCCUUCCGAGCCGCCCACAGCCGCCUGCACGACAAAGAGGACAGACGGGACAGUUCCAUCUCCUUCUCUAAACGAAGACACGGAUUAAUACCAGUUUCUUCGAGGAGCCGGAGUCUCCAGGAUCUGCAUUUCUUCCGAACGGCUCAGCCGUACAAACUCAAGGACCAGGAUGUGUCGCCUGGGAGCAGUCGGGACACCACGGUGAGCGCCGGCCUUGGCGACGCUCCGCUGCUGGUUCCCUUCAACUUCAACGACCUGUUCGUGUGGGCCGUGCUGCACCAGCGCCAGCAGAUGGCGCUGUUCCUGUGGCAGCACGGAGAGGAAGCUCUGGCGCGCGCUACGGUGGCCUGUAAGCUGUACCGCUCCAUGGCCUUCGAGGCGCGGCAGAGCAGCAUGGACGACAACAUCUCAGAGCGAUUCAGGACGUAUUCUCUGGAGUUUGGCCAGCUGGCGGUGGACGUGCUGGACCGAGCGUUUCGUCAGAACGAGCAGAUGGCGAUGAAGCUGCUGACGUCAGAGAUGGAGGCGUGGAGCCGCUUCACGUGUCUGCAGAUGGCGGUUUCCUCGAGCCACCGGCCGUUCGUCUCGCACUCCUGCACUCAGACGCUGCUCACAGAUCUCUGGACCGGCUCGCUCAACAUGAGGAAAAACUCCUUCCUCAAGAUCAUUCUGAGCCUGCUUCUGCCCCCUGCCAUCCUGCUGCUGGAGUUUAAAAGUAAAGCGGAAAUGUGCCACGUGCCGCAGUCCCAUGAGGCCAUGCUGUUCGGUCUUGAGUCUGUGAAGUCACCGCCCAUCUUCGAUGGAACCAAUCACGUGGGCAGGCAGGAUGCGGAGCGAGGCCAUGACAAGUGUUUUGGCCCCGUGUCUGAAACCAUGUCAUCUUUCAGCGUGCGGUAUCUGUCCUGGAUCACACGACUCUACGAGUUCUACACAGCUCCCGUUGUCAAGUUCUGGUUUCACACAAUGUCGUAUUUGGCCUUUCUGAUGUUGUUCUCCUACGUGGUUCUGGUGAAGAUGGGGGAUCGGCCCAGUGUUGAGGAGUGGCUCGUCAUAGCGUACAUCCUGUCCACUGCCGUGGAGAAAACCAGAGAGGUGCUGAUGUCCGAGCCGAGGAAGCUGAGCCAGAAGCUAAAGAUCUGGUUCUCGGAGUACUGGAACGUGUCUGACUUCGUGGCCAUCCUGCUCUUCCUGGCUGGAUUGGCGCUGCGUUGGCACGAGGACCCGUACCGCACGGCGGGACGCAUCAGCUACUGUCUGGACAUCAUCUUCUGGUUCGUCAGGGUGACGGACCUGCUGGCCGUCAACCAGCACGCCGGGCCCUACCUCACCAUGAUCACCAGGAUGACCAGUAACAUGUUCUUCAUCGUGGUGAUGAUGGCGAUCGUGCUGCUGAGUUUCGGGGUUUCCAGGAAGGCCAUCCUGUCUCCCGACGAGGAGCCGUCCUGGAGCCUGGCUCGGGACGUGGUCUUCCAGCCGUACUGGAUGAUCUACGGAGAGGUGUACGCCGGCGAGAUCGACCCAUGUGAGGGAGGUAACCCCUGUCCCCCGUACUCCUUCCUCACGGCGUUCCUCCAGGCCGUCUACUUGUUCUUCCAGUACAUCAUCAUGGUCAACAUCCUCAUCGCUUUCUUUAACAACAUCUACUUUGACAUGGCAUCAACGUCCAAUAAGCUGUGGAAGUACAACCGUUACCGCUACAUAAUGACCUAUCAGGACCGGCCGUGGCUGCCGCCGCCGCUCAUCCUCCUCAGUCACAUGACGCUCGCUUUGAGCGGCGCCUACAGGAAGUUCAGCGGAGACGCAGAGCGGGAGGAGAGAGCCUCGGGACUCAAGCUGAACCUGGGCCUCGAGGACCGUAAGAAGCUCCACGAGUUUGAGGAGAAAUGUGUGCAGGCCUACAUCAACGAGAAGAGUGAAGGUCUCCACAGCAGCCAGAUCAACAGGAUCAGAAACACGGCCGAGAGAGCCGAGGAGAUGGUGAUGAUGAUGGGGGAAGUCUCCGAGAAAGUCCUCUUCAUCCAGGACAGCCUGUCUGAGCUCGACUGUCAGCUCGGUCAACUCCAGGACCUGUCGGUGCUCGCCGUGGACACGCUCACUCUGCUCUCUGCCUCUGACAGCCUCCACCAGGCUCACCUGGCUCAGUGUCGGCCAAUCACGGCGCCCCGCUGCGUCACUGCGUCUCACCGCGUCCUGCCGCACAGCUGGACGCUGCACAGAAGUGGAGCCGACUGUGACGGACUAGGUACGCGGCGAGCGGUGGCCAAGGCGUGUAAAAGCACACCGCCUUCUUUGCUGAAGUGCUGCACGGCGGUGAUGAGUAGACGGGCUUCCCAGGACGUCGUAGCCAGAGGGGGCAAGGGAGGAAGACAAGGACACGCUGAGGAAGGAGAGGAAGAAGCAAAGCAGGAUUCACCGUCUGCUACGUUGGAGCAUCCCAGUGAGAAUUGUCCCGCAGUCUCCAGACCUUCGUCUCAUGCUUUCCUCUCUCACUUUCACGUUUCGCGGGACCAGACACCCUCUGAGUCGUGUGCUCUGUCCCGCUGUGGCUCCCCUCUGUCUCCCCGAGGCUUGGAGUCGCCGCAUUACAAACACUGGACCUGGGACCCGUACCUGUACCCCAGCCAGGAGGAAACGUCCAUGGAAGAGGAGGAAGAGGAGGAGGAAGAGCGAGAGGAAGAAGGGACACGUGAACAGCUGUCUGAUGGACAUUUUUCCAGAGCCUCGAGCGACGCCGGCCUUCUGUCCAGCUCCCGAGACCUCGCCGAGGGUUUGGUGAAUCCGGCCUUUUCUCAGGACGACGGCCGGCCGAUUUCUCGGUCCAGGCCUUCCAGCCAAUGGGGACGGCCGGAACCGAAGUCGCCCAGGUGGGCGCGUCUGUCCAGAGACCGUCCCUACGGCUACUGCCGGUCCCUGUCGUCCAGCGUGGAGAACAUGGCGUUCUCCGGGGCGCCGCUCAGUCCCACGAGGGGGUCGUUGUCUUCUCUUAACUUUAGUUUCAGGGACGACACUUCGCUAGGAUGCAGCAAGACCAGAGAGUGGUCCAAGUCUUCUGACUUCACUCAGGUUGUAGACGGCCGAGGCAAAAACCAUCACAGGAAGACGGUGAAGAUCCAGGAGAGCAGCCCCGACACGUCCCAUCUCUCUGACGGCUGCUGUAGACGGCGCCGGAGACUCAGAGGACAGUCCGCAUGUUGGUCGGCUUCAACCAGCCUCAGUCAGCUCAAUUUUGAACCGAUGGAUUUGCUGCAGAAGCAGGUGUUUUCCCAUCAGGACGUUUGGAGCCCGACUCACUCAGCGUGGAACAGCUGGGCCAGACCCACGAGCCGCCGGUCCUCUUUGCAGAGUGGGAUCGCCCCUGAAGCGAAGAGCUCCUCAUUCCAGUCCACUGACAAUUUGUAUUCGCACUAUUCAGCGAUGGAGAGAAACAAUCUGAUGCGACUGGCUCACACCAUUCCCUUCACUCCAGUCUCCUUUCUGGGAGGAGAGGAGGUCAGCAUCUACUCGAUGGAGGAAGUUCCGUCUGAAUCCAGCACAGUACCAGCGUGGUCGUCCCGCGGCCUGUCCGCCAUGCUGCAGCCACUCUCCAGCGAGGAGGGCUCUCUGGACGGGGGGCUGCGGCGAGGCUGCAGGGUGCUGUGUACCUGGGCAGAACGUGACGUGCUCAGACCCGGCCUGGUGUACAUGGUCAAAGCCUUCAGGCCCGAGGUGGUUCGGGCCUGGCAGAGGUACUUCCACGGUAGCACGGCGCUGCAGCUGUGUUUAAGGGAGAUCCAGCAGCAGAGAGCAGCUCAGAAGAUGAUGAAAGUCUUCAACGAGGUCAAACCUGCUGAUAUGCACCACUCACCAAGGUUUCUGGAUGUAGCUCUGGUCCUGUGGCAUUCCAGCGGCCAGUGGCUGACCGUUGAGAGGAACAUGACCGGCGACUUCAGGAAGUACAACAACAACAACGGAGAGGAGAUCGCCCCCUGCUGUUCCCUGGAGGAAACGCUGCUGGCCUUCACCCACUGGACCUACGAGUACUCGGGCAGAGAGCUGCUCGUGCUCGAUAUACAAGGAGUGGGAGAGGAGCUGACUGACCCAACAGUCAUCACAGCAGACGAUCAAAGGGGGGAGAUGCUCUUCGGUCCAGAUAACCUCGGAGACGCAGCCAUCAGCGGUUUCCUGCAGAACCACUGCUGCAGCUCCUGCUGCCGCCGACUAGGCCUCACAGAUGUGAGGACGUGUUGGGACAGCAGCGAGGCCGAGUCCACGUCAGGGACCGAAGAACACGAGGACGAGUAAACACCAGGAUGUAACCUUUGACUCAGGAAGUAGGGAGAGAAAGACACGUGCACUUACACCGCAACGUGCACUCAGACACCAAACACCGCCACGUGCACCAAACACCGCCACGUGCACUCAGACACCAAACACCGCCACGUGCACUCAGAGCCCAAACACCGCCACGUGCACCAAACACCGCCACGUGCACUCAGACACCAAACACCGCCACGUGCA